UUGAGUUUGUACAGAAAUAGGUGAACUGUUCAGUGAACGUGUAACGUAUUGACGUAGAGAAAACUGAUUUACAAGAAAUUAAGUAAUACAAGGGAUUAUACUUACUUCAAUAGAACGGUACUGUGAUAAAUAAUAAAACAAUGUCUGCUGUAAGCAAUGUCAACUCUUUGGUUGGUGCCACGACCCGCUAUAUCGCUGGUCGGAAUGCUAUGCAAACAGUGUACUGGCGCACAUCAUCGGCAACAAACGGCAAAAUGUUGAAAUACAAUAAGACUUGCGAAUUCGACAAAUCACAACAACUUCCACCAAGUAUACGAUUCCAGAAUUUUAAUCACACCUUUAAACCACAAUAGAAGUAAUCACAAUCACGACAUCACAAGGAAACAGAAUCUAGUCCAAUAAGUCCAUAAAGUGUUCAAACUCUUAAGAUAAUGGCUAAAUCGAUAAGAGCUUCACUCAACUAAACUAA